AUGCGCGCCGGAAGCUGGCAGAACGCGCACAUCGACGCCAGCCGGGAUUCAACGUCCAUCUUGAAAACGCUUGCGCAUCUCAGCCCCCCUCUCGCCCUGUCGUCCGCGCGGCCACGUCCUUCCCUGCCGGUGACGCAGAUGCUCGCUGGCGCUCACUGGCCGUGUCUUAUAUACGUAGGGUUACGGGGAGAAGUACUCACGCAUAGAGAGGGGUGCGGCGACCGCAUCGCCGUCUUCGCUCGCGUAUCUCAACGCACUCCCGACACCCCCGGCGGUAUCGUCACCUCUGGCGAGGCGGACGUGCGGAGCCCUAGCCUUCACCCCCUCCCCCCGCCGGUGGACAUCCCUUGGACCUGCAGACCCCUGCCGUCAAAAAAGUGCUCACCGUCCAUGCACUCCUCGUCGCCUCCACUGUCGGUGCUAUCUGAACGCUCCAAGUUGUACUGCGUUGUGACGCUCCCGACGCAGUACCACUUCGAGUCCUCCAGAUGCGCGACGUAUACAUCCGCCGUAGUACUCGACGCCGUCGCUCCACAGCGACGCUGGCGCGGAUUCAAUGUCCAUCUCGAAAAUGCCUAUGCGUGUCGCCCGCCCGCGCCACUCCCCGGCGGCCCGCCUCGCCGUGCCGAUCCAGCUGUGCAAUCACAUCCGCGCCCGCCGCCUCCCGUCGCACCAUACAACACACAGCUCCCCUCCCACCGCACCCGCCGUCCGUCCGUACAGUAA